CCAUCGGUUUCUGCAUCUCAACCUUCAGUUUCUGCAUCUCAACCUUCAGUUUCUGCAUCUCAACCAUCGGUUUCUGCAUCUCAACCAUCAGUUUCUGCAUCUCAACCAUCAGUUUCUGCAUCUCAACCAUCAGUUUUUGCCUGAGUAAAGUUCCAGUUUUCUUCAUUCAGAAAAGAAAGCUGAAACAUCUUCAGUGUUCUGGAACUGAUGGGACUCCCUCUGGGCGGUUCCGACCCGUCGGGCCUGCUGCCUCUGACAGUCAUCUACUUCAGCAGCUUAACAAAUAGGAUUAAAGUGGAGAGGAAGAAAUCUCCCGCAGCAGCAGCAAAGUCCCAUCUGCUCACCUGACAGCAAGAAGCUGCCACUGUCGGCACGUCCUGCACGACGCGCCCGACCCGUCCUGGUUCUGAUUGUUCUGCCAUGAGAUCCACAGGAGGUAUGAGCAGGUGGAGGUGAGGAGCAGCGGCGACCCGAUUGGAGGAGAAAAUGGGCCGGAGGAGCGUGGUUCUGUGGACGCUGGGAGCCGUGCUGCUGUCUGGGCUGCUGUGCACCGAGACGGAUCCCAGCCGGGACCUGGCGGAAUCUGACCCGCUCUCCGUCAGAGAGCACUCGGUUCUGAUCCGAAGGAAGAGGAGCUUGCUGUUUCCCAGCGGAGUGAAGCUCUGCUCCCAGGAGACGUUCGACCAGGCCGUCUCCAACCACCUCAACUUCUUCCACCUCAGAGUGUGCCAGGAGACCGUGUGGGAGGCCUUCAAGAUCUUCUGGGACCGACUCCCGGACCGGGACGAGUACCAGGCCUGGGUCAACCGCUGCAUUGACGGAUCGGUCAGCAUCAAGGACAUCGGCAGCUUCUUCAGCCAAUCAGAGGAGCAUCAGAGCCUCAUCAGGAGUAGAGUUGCCCUGGCUGCUGCCUUGAACAGUGCGCACGUCUCCUCAGGCUCUCCUCCAUGCAGAUCGGCACCGCCUGUCCAGACUGAACCACCCGCCGUUUGGACUCUACCAGGAGACAACAGUGUCGUCUUUGGAUCAGAAGCUAUUACAGUCCGUCAGCAGGAGCUUUCUCCAGUCACCUCUUGGACUCCAUCACUGUCUGCAACCGAAGCUCCGCUUAAAGAGGCUGCAGUGACUUCUCCUGUGGAUUUAACCGCUGACCCUGCUGCUGACGCCAGGCCAGAAGACUCUAAUGAUAUCCUGGAAACUGUACCGAUUAUUACUUCACAGAGUUCAGCUGAGGUCGUCAGAAACGUUCUAAAUGUUGGAGUCACUUCAGAGGAGACUGUAGAGAUGAUCACAGAUGUUUAUCACCCGGUUACGCACAAGCCUUUUGACCCGAUGGGUCAGGAAAUUGGGACUGAUGUUGGCAGAGUAGAAGAACAGCUUCUUGAAACUACUACUGAAGAGUUGAACAGUGUGUCUGUAGUAAUACCAGAGGAUGAGGAACCAUCAGCCCAGCUGGUUGCUCAAGAAAUCCUCACAGAACCUGCAGUUGUGGUUCUUCCAAAGCCCACCACGCCCCCUACUGUCGAAGCCUUCACUCCAGUUUUCACUCCUGUUGUUGUUGAAGACACACCUGAAACAACUGCUUGGAGUUUAGUUAGCCCCAUCCAGGAGGAAAUCCUGGAUAACUCUUUAGAUCCCAGCCCUGGUGUUACUUUGACUGAGACACCUAGAGAGCCUGUACAGGAACCCAUUGUUGAAACUGUAGUUGUUGCGCCUGAGACUGAUGUUUCUUUAGGUUCUGAAGGUGAGGCGAAAACGCCACAGGUAGAUGAUCCAUCAGAGGCAGCAAUAGAUGUUAGCCAAGAAGAGAUCAGAGAAGAAACAACACCAACUGUGUUUCUGAUGGUAGAGUCUGAAGACGAGACGGAAAUCAACAAGAUUCCAGAGCAAGAAUCAGAUAGAGCCGUUCCCUCUCAGGCCUCCAUCCUGAGGACUACCAGAAAGAUGGAUGAAAUAAGACAAACUACUGAGAUGACAAUCAAACCUCUACUUAUGGUAGAAGGAAACACUGUUCAAGAAAUGGGAACAAUACAGACAAUGACACCUGAGGAAACUACCAAAGAAAGUGUUAUUGUUUUGACAUCAACGCCAGAGUAUGUGAUAGAGGUGGAAACAAAACAUGAAAGAACAGUUAUACUUACAGAAGAUAAUAUGUUGGAAGGGGAAACAGAGGCUAGUGCUAAAAAAGAAAGUUUUCAGACAGAAGAAACCACUAUUCAGGGAACAGAUCCAUCAGAAGAGCAGCUGGAACCAUUGGACAAGAAGUUCAUUGACGAGGAACCAGUGACGGAAGCUACUGGAGGAUCUGUUGAACCUAAAACAUCUGCAGAACCCAAAGAACAAGGUGAACAUGACAUUAUAGAAGAACCAGCACCAAGAGAGGAAACUGCACAUGAACCAGAACCUGCAGGAGAAACAGUACAGGCAGGAGAACCUCCAGGAACUGUUUCAAAGGAACCAGAAAUAGUAGAAAAAACAGCAGAAGAUAAAACCGAACCAGGAGAUGACAUAGAACCUGCAGAAGACAGGAUGGUUGAGAGACCGGCACAUGACCUGCAACUCAAGUUAGAUACUCUUGAGAGAGCAGAACCUGAAAGAGAGUUGACUUUCACACGCGAAAUUACAGAAAUACCAUCAACUGGACAGAAAGUAGCCAAAGAACAAAGAACAGACCCUACCAGAGAUCCAGCACCAGAACCUGAGGCCACCAGGGGAGCAGUCCAAGAAAUAAGUUCCACAUUAGGGACAAAACAGAAAGCAGAACCAACCACAAAACCACCAGCACAGACAGAGCCAACUCCAGAAAUGGAAAUCACAGACACAGUGGAAGCAAAAGCAACAGAACCCACAGUUCAACCAGAACAGUUUCCGCAACCCACAGUAGAACCAUCUCCAGAUAUGGUCAUAGAACCAAUAAAGGAAGCGGAAGAAAAGACAGAAGCUGCUGGAGAUCUAGAAAAGGAACCUGAAGACUCUGUUGAACCAGCCCAAGAAGUAAAUCCCUUGGGAGAAUCAACACAAGGACCAGAACCAACCACUAAACCACAAGAACCCAAACCAGCUGAAGAAACUGCAACCAUAGAAAAAACUGUUGAAGCUAAGUCCCCUGAACCAUCACUGGUUCCAGAAUUUACCAUAGAGCCUUCACAAGAAAUAGAUUCCAUCAUCGAUCAAGACAAAGAAGAAGAAGAUCCAGACGUAAAACUGAAACAAGAACCAGUGCAAGAACCUGAGUCAACACAGAAACCAGGCCAAGAACCCAAACAAAUUAAAGAAUCAGCUCAAGAAAGAGAACCAAUCAUUGAACCCACAGAAUCAACCAAAGAUGAAAGACCUCAACCCACAAGAGAUCCAGAACAGACAACAGUCUCCUCCACAGAGACAGGAAAAGGAGCAGAACCCACCAAAGAACCCGCUCCAGAAGCAAAGGCUGUGGAAGAACCACCCAGAGCAUUUGAGAAACCGACACAAGAUUCUUUACACAUAGAAAAAUCAGCUCCAGCGGUUGAACUCAUAAAAGAAACAACACAAGAAGCCAAAUUAACCAUUGACCCAGCUCAAGAAAUUGACCACACAGAGGAACCAACUAAAACAGAACCUACAAGAGAACCAGGCCCCAAAGUAGAAACUGAUGAAGAACAUCUACACAAAACAAAACUUGAACAAGGAGUCAAAGAAACUCCAGCAACCACUGAAUGGCCAGCAUUAGUGCCAGAAACAACUGAUACCUCUGAAGAGGCAGUAAAAGAACCACCAGCAAAACCUACUGGAGAACCAACUGCAGAAUUGGAACCUCCAAUGGAAACAGGAUACAAGGAAGAACCUACCAGAGAACCACCACAAGAAUCAGAACCAGCUAAAGACCCAAAACCGGGAGAGGAAGUCCCCAGGGAAUCUGUAGCAGAAACAGAAUUCCCCAAAGAGCCUGAAACAAUAGCAGAACUUAAAAGACAACCAGCACCAGGUGAACCUGCAGGAGAACCUUCUGGUAAAAUGGAACCUACAGAAGGACUUGAAGAGACUGAACCUCAUUUAAAACCCGAUGAAGCUGGUGUUCCUCCAACAUCUUCAGAUGCAACAGGGAAACCAUUUAAGGUCGGAGACGACAGAACCUCUGAUACAUCAGAUAAAGUAGCCGAAGGAACAACAGAUGCUCCAGAGGACUUGUUAGUACCACAGACGCCUGAAAAAGAAGUGAUUACUGUAACCACUGAAGGCCCGGAAGACUCAGAAGAGUUACCUGUGACUGAGUUGGAGGGAACUAUUGGACAAGACAUAGUAACUGGAUCUCCAUAUGGUUCUGAAGGCAAAACCAUCAAAGAAACUCCUUCACAUGAGGUUGAACCUGCGAUCAAAGUGACUGAAAAUGUUCCUGAAGCUGAGAAACCCAGUGAAACACCUGCAGAAGUUGUGACCAAAGCCCUUUUAGUGACAAUAUCAGAAAAAGGGUCCAUCAAGCCUCCUUCUGAGGAAACUGUCCAGACUGUCAUCCCUGAGGAAACAACCGAGACCGUCCUCCCUGAGGAAACAACCGAGACUGUCGUCCUUGAGGAAACAGUGGAGACUGUCGUCCCUGAGGAAACAGUGGAGACUGUCGUCCCUGAGGAAACAGAAACAGUGGAGACUGUCGUCCCUGAGGAAACAACCGAGACCGUCCUCCCUGAGGAAACAACCGAGACUGUCGUCCCUGAGGAAACAGUGGAGACUGUCGUUCCUGAGGAAACAGUGGAGACUGUCGUCCCUGAGGAAACAACCGAGACCGUCGUCCCUGAGGAAACAGUGGAGACUGUCGUUCCUGAGGAAACAGAAACAGUGGACACUAUCGUCCCUGAGGAAACAACUGAGACUGUCGUACCUGAGGAAACAACCAAGACUGUCCUCCCUGAGGAAACAACUGAGACUGUCCUCCCUGAGGAAACAGUGGACACUAUCGUCCCUGAGGAAACAACUGAGACUGUUGUCCCUGAGGAAGCAACCGAGACGGUUGUCCCCGAGGAAACAACCGAGACGGUUGUCCCCGAAGAAACAAUCGAGACUGUCCUCCCUGAAGAAACAGUAGACACUAUCAUCUCUGAGGAAACAAGAGAAACUGUCGUCCCUGAGAAACGUCCCUCUGAGGAAACAACCGAGACUGUCCUCCCUGAGGAAACAGUGGACACUAUCAUCUCUGAGGAAACAAGAGAAACUGUCGUCCCUGAGAAACGUCCCUCUGAGGAAACAACCGAGACUGUCGUCCCUGAGGAAACAACCGAGACUGUCCUCCCUGAGGAAACAGUGGACACUAUCGUCCUGAGGAAACAACUGAGACUGUCGUACCUGAGGAAACAACUGAGACUGUCCUCCCUGAGGAAACAACUGAGACUGUCCUCCCUGAGGAAACAGUGGACACUAUCGUCCCUGAGGAAACAACUGAGACUGUCCUCCCUGAGGAAACAACCGAGACUGUCCUCCCUGAGGAAACAACUGAGACUGUCCUCCCUGAAGAAACAAUGUAGCAGAGGAAACUCCACUAGGAACCUCAACAGUGGGACCCCCGAGGAGGCAACCAUUCGGUCUACAACACACUCUCCUAAGUACGUAGUGGAAACCAACAAUGGAAACUUUCCAGAUGUAGCAGUCCGACCCUACGUAGAACAAGACAUCUUUUUGGGGAACAAUGACUUUGUGGAGGUGGAAGAGGACGAUAACUCGAUUGGUAACGAGAUAGACGACACGCUGCUGCGACCCCUGCGACCCCUGAAGGAGUACGUGGUGGAGCAGCGGAUCAAACUGAAGGGAGAAACCUACAGCAACGCUCUGAGAGACCCCAGCAGCUUCCAGUACCAGCAGCUGGCCAAGCAGUUCAAACGCAGGGUUGAAGUCGCCUUCGACAGGCUGCCAGGCUUCAAGAGCCUUGACAUAAUUGAAUUCAGGCCUCAGAAGGACCUGCAGCGGGGUCUGGUGGUGCAGGUCCACUACUCCAUCACUCUGGACCUGGAGGUGGACAGCGGUGGGAUCUCCAGCGACACGUUGGACUUCAUCACUCUGCAGAAUAAUCAGGUGGAGCGCAGCUACGUUGGCUCUGCUGAGCAGCCCACCGUCAUCUACACAAUCACUGAUUUCCGUAACUACAUCACCGAAGCUCUGCACAAAGACAACGUCCUGAACAACGGCAGCCUGGACAGCCUGGACAGCCUGGAAAACGCAGGGAACGUUCCUCCUGUGAAACCUACAAGUGAAUCGGAUGAAGCUUACAACAACAUGGAUAACAUACUGGCUGCAGAGAAACCUCCUGAUGCGCCGAUCCAUGAGCCAGACACCAGCCAGGUUUUCCUGAAAAAGGAGGACUUCCUGUUUGAUACCAGGGACCAGUGGAAAGGUCCACACAGUGAGGAAGUGAGUGAAAACGACGUCUUCUUAUUCGAUGAAAGUACAACACCUCCACAGACCGUUAAAGUCCAAAAGACAGUUGACCUGGAGCCAGUAACUAAAGACGAUGGUGGAAACAUUGAAGGUGAGGGAUUCCUCCUCACUACGCCUCCCAGCGCUGUGGAUGAUCACCAGGUGGAUGAUCACCAGGUGGAUGACCACCAGGUGGACGACCAGACGGUCGUUCCUGAAGGUUCAGCAGUCACCUCACCUCCAAAACCCUCUGAGGCCACAUUUGAUCAUGGAUCUGGCUCUGGUUUCUCUGGAGAUGAUCAGGAUUCUUAUCUCUGGUCUUGGGAGGCUUCAGAAACGUCUGACAUCACUUCUGACAGCCAUGAAGUCCUACCACCACCUGACCUGGAGAUGGACACGGAUGCUGCUGCUGUGGAACCAGCAACCUCUAAAGCGGCUGAUGUUUUACUGGUGGGAACCGCCACGUCUGAUGGUACCCAGAAACCUCUGGUCUCUGUGACGCCACUGAGCACAGACACAUCAGACUUCACCACACCUUCAACUGAGGCAGCCAUGACUGUUGACCUUUCUGUUCAAACGGUGGAAGCAUCUGGUUUCCAUGAUGACUACUCUCUGGUUGAGCCUCAGACCCGAACAGUUCCUGUUACGCCCUCUCCUGACCCUAAGACCUGGACUCCAGCUGAUUCUGGCAUCAGGCGCCCAGAGGCCACUGGAAACAUGGAGGAAGAGCUUUUGGGGGUCACUGUCUCAGACAUGAAAGGUGAAGAGGUCAUUGUGCUUGAUUUACCAAAAACCCGGACUGAAGCUCCUCUAACUCUGGACCUACCUACAUUUGUUGAAGUGCAGGCGGUCACAGUGGCUGAAACAGCUGCUGGUGGUCCAGAACAGCCUGAGGUCAAAUCUGAGCCGCCCCUCCCAGAAACAAGAGCACCCAGUCGGGUUGAGAUUUUGGAGGAGCAGCAUUUAGGAACCACCCCGACAGCACCCUCACCUGAAGGUCUGGACCAGGACCUGGCUGUGGAUGAAGUCAUUGUGGUCACUACAACCACAGCCUCUCCGGUCCCAUCGUUACCCCCAGCCUCGGACCACAGCGGCGCUCUCUCCCCUGAAAAGGAGUCGCCGUUCACUCGAGUCUCUGACUCAGUGCCAGAAGAUGAGGAUCUCUUUCACCACGACGAGGUCACUGAUGUUUCCACCAGCUCCAGUUCUUCAGACGUUUUUCAGUCGACACCAGCAGAAACGACUCCAACUGAUUCUGGACAGAAAACGCUGGGAGCUUCAGAGCAACACAUGAAGACAACCGAACGUCCAGGAGAGGAAGCAGGAACUCCUACAAUCACAGAAGAACCUUCUGAGGGAAUUGAGGAAGAAUGGCCUGUUAAACAUGAAGACAAAGCUGACCCUCUGGACAAUGCCAGAGUCAAACCUCAUGGAGUUGAAAGCAAAGGAGAAUCCUCAGAAACUGAAACUGUGACAGUGAAGAGUGAAGCUUCAGGUGGAGAAAAGCAAACUCCUGUGGAGGAUGUAGAGUCUACAUCACAGGCAGAACAAACAUUGGGAGCUGAAGAAGAGCCCGACCCUCCCAAAGGACAAAGUGUGGAAGUGCAACUUUCAGGACAGGAACUGGAGACCUCCAGACCUGAAGAAGAGCCUUUAGGAGGCAAAUCUGAACCUGCUGAAGAACAGAAAGAGGAAGAAUCUUUACGGGAACUUGAGCCUUCAGAAAUAAAAGUAGAUUCUUCUGGAGAAGUAAAAACAGAGGAGGAAGGAGAACAUUUUGGAAAGGAAGUGGCUCCUUCACAUGGGAAAGUGGAAACAGAACCUUCCAGAGAAGAAGUCACCGCUCUGCUUCCAACACCGUCUUCCUCACAACCCAACGUUAACCACAGCUCUUCUGUCAUCAACCUCGACUAUGACUUCUCCGACUUGCCGAGUAUUGAUGUGAGCUUCGACCUGUUCCAGUACGGCUCUGGGGAAGCUGAUGGUGACAGCAGUGACUUCUCCAGUGAAGCUCGAGGUUCAGACCUGGAAGCUUUUCCUUUGCCGGGCCGGCCGGGCAGAGCUCUGACCGUGUUCUUCAGCUUGAGGGUCACCAACAUGGCGUUCUCCAGGAACCUCUUCAACAAAAGCUCCUCAGAGUACAAGUCCCUAGAACAACAGUUCAUCCAGCUGCUGGUCCCGUACCUCCAGUCCAAUCUGAACAACUUCCAGAACCUGGAGAUCCUGAACUUCAGAAACGGCAGCAUUGUUGUAAACAGCAGAAUGCGUUUUGGCAAACCGGUUCCCAAAGAGGUCACCAACAUCAUCUACCUGAUUCUGGAGGACUUUGCCAACACGGCCUACCACACCAUGAACCUGGCCAUCGACAAGUACUCACUGGAUGUUGAGUCAGGUGACCGGGCGGAUCCCUGCAAGUUCCAGGCCUGUAACGAGUUUUCCAAGUGCAUGGUGAACCAGUGGUCAGGAGAGGCAGAGUGCGUGUGUGAUCCUGGAUAUCUGAGCAUCGACGGCCUGCCGUGUCAGAGCGUCUGUGAUGCUCAGCACAACUUCUGCCUCAACGACGGCAAAUGUGACAUCAUUCCUGGCAAGGGCGCCAUCUGCAGGUGUCGUGUUGGGGAGAACUGGUGGUACCGCGGUGAGCACUGUGAGGAGUACGUCUCUGAGCCGCUGGUGGUCGGCAUCGCCAUCGCCUCGGUGGUCGGCUUCCUCUUGGUGGCUGGAGGAAUCAUCUUCUUCCUGGCCAGAACGCUCCGAGAGCAGUACGAUGGUGAAGACACAGAGGAUCCACUCAGACGGCAUGAAAGCCUUCCAACUUUGGAGCGAGCCACAAAGUUCAACCCGAUGUUUGAGAGCGACCCGGUCUCUGCUCAGUACUACCGGCGCUACGAUGACAGCCUGCCCCAGUACCACCAGUGCUGCGACUCCACCCUGAACCAGUGCUGCUCUAAAGAACUGACCAGUGAAGAAAUACAGAACAUCUGCCAGAACACGGCUCUCUCCAAAGAGGAGAUCCAGGAGCGUCUCAGAAUAAUCGAGUUGUGCUCCAGAGAUCAGCGCUUUGCAGACUUUGUCCGGCAAACGCAAGUAUUCCUGGAGAGGAGAGGAAGCUCCACAACGUAGCGUCCAGGCAGCCGCAGACCUCCAGAAACCAGUCUACAUCUUUAACUGGAGGAGGAAGACCAGUCUACCAUGAUGCUGCUGUUCGUUGGGCUGAAGGUGACCAGAUGCUGACAGAUGUUGGAGUUUAUGUUUUCGCCCUGAAGUGAACUUGAUUUUUGAUUCCGUUCUGUGUUUUGUAUCCUGACGUCUCGUUUUGAAGGAACACUUUGAUUUCUGAUCUUUGAUCGCUGGACAUUACCUCUGUCUUACACAUUCUGCCAGACUUCAUCUCCAGCUUGGAUCGAAGGGUUUCUGGUUGCAUCCUGACCUCCUGGUGGUCUCUGGUGUAACCUGGACGUCGGUGACCGGCAGCGUCUCUCCCUCUGGUGCCUUCACUGUUCUGUUAGCUCUUCUGGGAUGUGAUGCAAACAGAGCCCUUGAUCACAAGCAACUUUGACAUAAAUCCACAGCACCACACUUCAUCAACCUCCUGCUUUUUCUACUGCUUUCUCCUCACUGAUGUUUACAUUUCUGUAUUAGAGGUAGAGCUCAACUCUGACUCCAUGAAAUGAUGAAUGUGUCUAGUUUGUGUUUUCUAAGACUUUGGCUGCUUCUCAUUAGAGCGAGGCAGCCCCAACCUUUCCCUUCAGUUUCAUUAAUGUGUUUAUUUUGUGGAUCUGAAACAUCUGGAUCUUGUAGAACAAACGGUUUGGACAAGAGACAACUUUUAGUUCUUUAGAGAUACUCUGGGACCUGAUUACUGAGCAAACAAAGCAACAACACAACAACAUGGGUCGAAUCAAGCUGAGGUUGCUCUAAUGUCAGCCUCCUGCAAAACGUGCAAACCACUUGAUGUUAUUCACCGGUUCUGAUGAAACGAUGUGACCCAGCAGAGAAAAUUAUAAUGUGUUGUUUCAGUGAGACUCUCUGGUACUUUCUGCUUUCAGCAGUCA